GAAACCACUUGAAGUCAUAAACUAGCAUCUAAAAACAGUGUCUAUGGCUGCUUCUUUUUCAUAUUAUAAUUCAAAUGUCUUUGUAGUGGCUGUGACCACAUCUCUUUUGGUUGGCUCCUUGUUGGUGGCCUCAGCUGGUAACUUCAACCAAGAUGUUGAUAUCAAAUGGGGAGAUGGCCGUGCUAAGAUACUCAACAAUGGCAAGCUUCUUACCCUCUCUCUUGACAAAACCUCUGGCUCGGGCUUCCAAUCUAAGAAUGAAUACUUGUUUGGAAAAAUUGAUAUGAAACUUAAGCUUGUCCCUGGCAAUUCUGCUGGCACAGUCACUGCCUACUAUUUACGCUCACAAGUUUCAUCAUGGGAUGAGAUAGACUUUGAGUUCUUGGGGAACCUGAGUGGUGAUCCUUAUAUUGUCCAUACUAAUGUUUACACCCAUGGCAAGGGCGACAGAGAGCAGCAAUUCUACCUCUGGUUCGACCCCACGGCUGACUUUCACACUUAUUCCAUACUAUGGAACCCAGGAAACAUUAUAUUCUACGUUGAUGGUAGACCAAUUAGAGAGUUCAAGAACUUGGAGUCUUUUGGCAUUCCUUACCCGAAGAACCAGUCAAUGAGGGUGUACUCUAGCUUAUGGAACGCUGAUGAUUGGGCCACAAGAGGAGGGCUUGUGAAGACGGACUGGACUCAAGCACCUUUCACUGCUUCCUUCCGGAGCUUCAAUGCCAAUGCUUGUAUUUGGUCUAAUGGUGUGUCUUCUUGUAGCUCAUCCAACUCUACCAGUAAUGCAUGGCUCUCCCAACAGCUCGAUUCUAGGAGCCAAAAGAGGCUGACAUGGGUGCAGAAGAAUUACAUGGUCUACAAUUAUUGCUCGGACACAAAGCGAUUCCAUCAGGGCCUCCCACUGGAAUGCACUGUCACCACCAAGGCAUAGGAUGCAAAAUUUCGUAGGAAAAUUUUUUACGUGCUCAAGUUAUUGUUUCUAUUGCACGGAAUUUGUUUUCUUUGUGCCAUUUUGAUUAUUAAAAAGACAAUAACGGACCUUUUUAGUAGUGGGAUGUACUAUAAAUUGAUAAAAUUA